GGGAACAGAGUCAAAACCAGCUUGGGAUAAUGGGGAAAUAAUGGAAUUUUUGGGAUGGGGAUGGGGAACAGAGACAAGAACCAGGCUUGGAUAAUGGGGAGAGAGCGGAAAUUUGCAAUGUGGUUGAGGAAUAGACACAGGAUCCUGUCUGGAAUAAUGGGGUGAGAAUGGAAUUUUUGGGAUGGGGAAUCGACACUUGACCAGUCUGGGAUAAUGGGGAGAACAUGGAAAUUUUGGGAUGAGGAUGGAGAACAGAUACAGAGAAACUUUGGGAUAAUGGGGAGAAAAUUGAAAUUUUGGGAUUUGGACGAGGAACAGACACUCAAACAAUUUGGCAUAAUAGGGAAAGAGUGGAAAUUUUAGGAUGGGGACGGGGAAUGGACACAGAACCACUCUGGGAUCAUGGGGAGAGAAUGGAAAUUUUGGGAUGGGGAUGGAGAAUGGACUCUCAACCAGUCUGAGAUAAUGGGGUGAGGGUGGAAAUUUUGGGAUGGGGAUGGGGAACGGCCCCUGUGAGCAGGAGUGGCCUCGGUGGCCGCGGGGUCUCCCCUGGGGUGACAAUCCAGGGAUCCCCGGUUCAGAACUCCAGGAAUGCCGAGACCGGGCUGUGACCGCCGGGGGAUCGCUGUGCCUGGAGCCGGAGGAACCCCCGUGGGAGUGGAAGAAGAUCCACUGGAGAGCAGAAAUGGAUUUGGGAUCGCGGUGGCGGAUCCUGAUGGCCACGAGGGAUGGGCAUGUCUCGUACCCCAAAGGUCCUUUCCACGGCAGAGCCGAGUUCCAGCCGGGGGUUCUCUCCCUGUGCAUCUCCCCGGUGCACAAAGCCGACAGCAGGGUCUACACGGCCGAAUUUGAGAAUUCCUCCGGGAGUUUCCCCAUUUCCCCUCAGUGCUUCCGAGUGUCCGUGUGGGAUCCCAUCCCAGAGCCAUCCCUGGAAUCCCAAAUCCUGCAGCGGGACCGGGGUUGGUGCCGCCUGUCCCUGCUCUGCUCCAGCCCCGGGAACGGGAACGUCUCCAUCAGUUGGGAAUGUCCUGAGGAGCCCCCGGAAUCCCCGAAAAUCCCGAAAUCCACAGGAUCCCCAAACUCCACGGGAUCCCCAAAAUCCCCAUCCCAGCGGCUCCAGUGGAUCCCCGAAGAUGCCGAACCCCAAAUUUGUCUCUGCAACCUCAGCAACGCCGCGGGCUGGAAAGCGGCCCCGGCCCCGCUCACCUGCGCAGGAAUUCCAGGGAAUUUCGGGCUCUGGGCAGCGCUGGGCGGGGCCGCGGGGCUGAGCCUGAUCCUGAUCCUGAUCCUCGGGGUCUGCUGGAGGAGGAGGAGGAAGGAGAAUUCCCGGGAAGAUCCCCCCGGAGCCCCCGCGGGACCCCCGGAUCAGCCGCUGACCGUCUACGCCGAGGUGGGAGCCAAGAACCCCACCAGGACCAGGGAGGUCCCUGUGGAAGGAGCCACCAUCUACGCCGUGGUCACUCCCAGGACACUGGAGAAUCCCAGACAGCGGGAGGAACCCGGGGAUUUCACUGUUUAUGCCACGGUCCAGAGGCCUCCCUCCAUCAAGAAGAAGAGGCUGGACCGAGCUUUGGUCUCCACUGCCUACUUGGAGGAUAACGGGGAUUACAGGCGCUUGGGUUCCCCAAAUCCUAAACGCCCCUAAAAUCCCGGAAUUCUCAUCCCCGUGGAAUUCAACUCCAGCAUCCAAUGGGAUCCCACCCGAUGGAAUAGAAAUAUGCAGGAAUUUGGGUAUUUUUCCCCAAAAUUCAGCCCCAGCUGCACCUUGGAGCGAAGAUUUUGGGGUGGAAAAUUCUUUGGAAUGGAUGGA